AUGAAACAGCCAUCGGCGGAACCAGGUGAGAGUUUGGAUCACAUGGAUCGCGGCUUGGCAGAAUUGGGGUUUCAAAGUUUUGAAGGACGGAAAAUAAAGAGAUUUUGUGAAUUCUGCUUGGCAUUGAGGCCAGUUGUGUACUGUAAAGCUGAUGCAGCACAUCUUUGCCUUUCCUGCGAUGCGAAGGUCCAUUCGGCAAACACACUCUUUAACCGGCAUAUGCGCAGUAUUUUGUGUGAUUCGUGCAGAUACCGCCCAGCUUAUAUCCAGUGUUUGGAUCACAAGAUGUUUAUGUGCUGUGCCUGUGAGAGUGCUUUGCACAUGAUCCCUUCCCAACAUCAGAAAAGGGCAAUCAGCUGUUACACAGAAUUCACAGUAAUUUCGCAUGUUAAAGUGUACGUCAGUGCUUGUUCUAUCUUGCAGAUAUCUCAUGAAGGUCAGGAGCAUAAUUUCAUUCUGCACCAGAUUCUUGACUUGAAAAGGCUUCAGCUUGCUGAGGGGAAUACACCUUCGCUGCUGAUACGCGGUACAGAACAAAUUGACCUAUCUUCCUCAGUACUUCAGACAUCAAAGCGGCUCAAUGUUCAUCUUGAUCGGCUUUUACAACAUUCCCAGAAUUCCGGCACUAAAUUUAGGCAAAGGGACAGUCUAGUUCAGGAGCUGAAAGUUGAUCAUUUAUCAUUUCCAUUUUCUCAAAUGGAGCUUAUGCAACCAUCUUCAACUGCUGGACUUCCAUUGCAUACAGAAUCCUUUUGGCAAUGCAGAAGUACGGUUCAAAGUAAUCAGUUGUGGCCUCAAAAUAUGCAAGACAUAGGAGUUUGUGAAGAACUUGUUUGUCCCGAUGAUUUCAAUAUACCUGAUGUUGAUAUGACAUUUCAAAACUUCGAAGAACUAUUCGGAGGUGAUCAAGAUCCUAUCAGAGCUGCAGUGCUUCAUGAUAAAGAUGUGUUAUAAAGGGCAUAUCCGUUGAUAAAUCAGAUAAUGGCAAUGAACAUGAUGCAUCUGAGGUUUCGUCUGUUUUCAUUAAUCAGUCACCUGACUUUGACAACGAUAAGGCUUGUAACGAACCUCAAAACCAUCAACAGAACAUGGAUUCUCCGUGACUUCCGAUCACAAGAAGAAGUUGAUUAAACUUUUGCUUUGGAUGCAUCUUGGUCUUGUGCAUAUAUAACUGUACAGUUUGAUUUUCUGGUUGGAAAAUACAUCACAAUUCAUGCUUCGUUUGAAAAUCUUGAUAUCAUCUCACAUUACAGUAAUCAAUAACAAUAACAACAAUAAAGUCGUAUCUCACUAGCUAUAUAAAUUUUAGAAUGCCAUGCCACUUAAUUUUGCGGCAAGUCUUUUGUUAGCUCUAAGUACUCCAUGUCUUUUCUUAAAGUCUUUGUCCAAGUCUUCCUAAGUUUUCCUCUACCCCUUUUGCCUUGAGUCUUAAUCUCAUAUCACAUUUUCUAAUCAGAAUAUCUGUAGGUCUUCGUUUCACAUGUUCAAAUCACCUUAACUGAUUUUCUCCCAUCUUAUCUUCAAUUGCGGAUAACCUCAUUCUUAAUCAUGUCAUUUCUCAUCUACCCAAAAGUGUACGAAAUAUUUUCUGAUGAAAUUGACGUUCCACAUCACCCAGUUGUUGUCUACGUGUA